AUGAUAGAAGUCAUCUACAUUGUUCGGCAUGCAUUUCGCGCCAACUGGUCGGUGGAUCCUCAGACUGGCACGUACACGGCAUCGCUGAUCAAGACGCCGACUGGGAUCCCCACGGAUCCGCCGUUGACGUCUAAAGGGGUUGAGCAGGCGAAGGAGCUCGCCGAACACCUAUGCAAGCUUGAGCCCCCGAUUGACAGGGUUUAUUCGAGUCCUUUCUAUCGAUGCCUACAAACCCUAAAGCCUACGACGGAUCGACUGUUCCGGGACGGCAGAGCUGAUGGGAAGAUUAGAAUCGAUCGAGGAAUUGGAGAGUUCUUCGGACGCGCCAGCUGGGAGCACCCAACACCACCGACGGUUCAGAUCUUGUCUCCCCACUUUGAUUACCUGGACGACGAAUAUGUCUCCGUACACGUGCCAGCAUCCAAGGGCGAGAUGAUAGUAGAGCUUCACGAUCGUGUGAGAAAGGCUUUAGAUCACAUCAUCACUACUCUCGAUAACGACUCUCAGCAGCCAAAGACAGUACUAUUGUGUAGUCAUGCCGCUACAAUGAUCGCAGCUGGUCGGGUGUUGACCGGCCAGAUUCCAGAAGAUCUAGACGAAGAUGACUUCCAGUGCUUCACAGCUGGACUAUCGAAAUUCGUACGGAGGACUGCAGAUCCAGAGAAGGGUGCCGCUUGCAACUGGGACUGCAUAUUAAACUCUGAUACCUCGUAUCUUUCAGGAGGAGCAGAAAGAGGCUGGCACUUCAACGGCGAGGAGAGCUUCGUCUCCUUCGUAGAGAAUCCAGUGGACGACAAGGAAACCCCAAAGCUGUGA